CGCAAGCGAGUUAAUGGGCCAAGAUCACAUUUCUCUAGUGUCUCUGUAGAGUAGCUGUAACAGGGCUUCCGCGAGGGCAGUACAGAAUAUAGACGAUAGUAUAGAAUUACUUGGCCUAGUUAAGUUCACUCAACACCGCCUGGUCAGAUAUUCCACGCGAUUCCGAUGUCACCGAACGUGACACAGCAGGUCAUCGUUACAGCCCGUCACACAAAGACAGACAAUGUCCCCGCGCACAGACACGAAUACACGGAGCGUAGCGUCGAACCGACGGAGAGACGCGCAGCCCCCGACGGCGGCUGGGGGUGGGUCGUUCUCGCAGCUGCUACGAUAUGCUUGGCCUUCACUUGGGGUCAACAGAAAGCUUUCGGAAUUUACAUGAUAGAUAUCAUGGAUAUGCUAGGCAGUAAUGUCAUGCAUACGUCUACGAUUGGAGGCCUGAACACUGCUUUAUCAUAUCUUUUCGCGCCUCUGGCGAGUGUCAUGGAUAAGAAGUACGGUGCCCGGCGCACGUGCAUAGUUGGAGGUUUGCUCGCUGGAUCAGGACUGAUCCUUGGUUUCCUCACAGACAGCCUAAUCAUCCUCUGCAUCGUUAUCGGCGUCAUAAACGGCGUCGGUAUUGCCAUCAUUGUCAUCGCUUCAUUUUCGAUAGUCAACGAAUAUUUUGACAAGCGUGGCGCCAUGGCUACGGCCAUCUGCGUAACCGGUGCAGGCGUGGGCAGCCUGACAUGGCCAACGCUCACCAACAUUCUUGUGGAGGCGUACACGUACCAGGGAGCUUUCCUCGUAACCGGUGCCGCCGUACUUAACGUGAUCGUCUGCGGCCUUCUAUUCCGACCGCUUACCGAGCCAAGGCGAGCAGUCGCGCCGUCGACGACAGCUACAGGAAAUCAACGUGAUGAUCAACUAAACCAACGUGUCUCUAUCGUCGGAGUCGAUACAAAGAUGACUUCACGGAUGAAAUCGGUAGGGCAGCCUCAGAGCGAAGCCGGGCGAAGCGAGGAGCACUUUCUCACACUGACCGUUCCCAACGAGGAGGCUGGCUCACCGGCAACGUUAGAGGCUCAGCUGUGGGGAGAUCGCGAACGCUACAUGGAAGAUUGCGUUGACUGGUCUAAUAACGACGGUAGCCAAUCUAUCGGAAACACUGGGAUGAAUGGCAAGAAUGGAGCUACGACACCAGGCACGGCAGCUACUGUCACGGGCCAGCGUCAUAAUGCGGAAACGCAGGAAAACGCUGAGGGAUUCCAUCACCAUAAUACUUCUACUGACGAUGGGCCUCUGACGUUUACCGUUCAUAAUAUCUAUGAUGACGCAAUGCCGAUUUGGAUAGACACGCAGCUAGACGAUUGUGUGUCGAGCGAAGGCGGUAUGUGCCCCGCAGGUAAAUACAGACGAAAUAGCUUAGGCUAUGUAAGCAGUCCGAUGACAGUCGAACAACGAGUGGCACAUCUCCCGGUAACCAAAACAUCGGAAUAUCAAAAACCACUCACGGAAAUCGUUAGUCAGGUUCUUUCUCAGCAAUCCCAAGACGUAGACAAUGAUAAUCCCGACAACGGGAAACAAUGUUCGGUUCCGGUGGUCUAUCAAAGCGUACAGGACCCGUUGAAAUUAUUGAUCACGGCAGACUUUGACAGAGCUGAUCAAAGAAAUAACAUGCGCGUGGGGCGGAUUGAAGAUGCAGUAGUGGAGUUGGCGCUGGAGUGUGACUGA